GACCCCCGCGGCAUGAGGGGGGAAGAAGCGGUGGUGGUGAGCGCGGUGGCAGCGCCGGAGGCGGGCUGCGACCGGGAGCAGGCUCAGCCGCCGGCCGGGCUGGGGUGCGGGGCGCGCGGGGAGCCCGGCGGCGGCGGCGGCCCCCAGGAGUCUUGCAAACAGUGGAAGAAAUUCUUGUAUUCUGAGCCACAUAAGAGAAUUAAGGAAGUACUAGAAGAAGAACUUUCUAUUAAAAGAGAUGAGUGCCGCAUUAAAAAUCCACCUGCAGUGGCCCUGGAAGGGAUUUGGAGCAUUAAAAGGAAUCUCCCCGUGGGAGGCUUAAAACUGGGACUGCCAAGCGGAAACAGUUUGCUGCCACAAGCCAAGUACUAUUCGAGGCAUGGAGGGCUGAGAAGAUAAGAUGAACACAUUUUUCCAUUGAGAAGAAACUUCCUCCUCCUGAUGUCUGAAAAGCAGAGAACCCAAGCUUGUUUCACAGUUUAAGAUGUAUAAAAAAAUACAUAUUUUUAUUAUUGGUAUUAAUUCCUAUCUAUAAAUUAAUCCAAGGCAAUGAAGGACUAUUGGUAAAGUUUGCUAAGCACCUGGAAACAAUGAAGAAGAAUAUUAUACUUAUUUUUAGUUGGCACAUUUGAAAUACAUUGGGUUUCUAAUUAGCUUAUUUUAUUAAAUAUGUGAAACAUGGUAAAAACAAA